AUGAUCACACUCAUCACCGCUCUCUUCCUAUUUACUACAGUGAAAACUGGAAUCUCUGGGCUUCAAGUUCAAACUGUGAGGAGAGGAAAUAUUGAGGUCAUCAAAUGUGAUGAAAACAUUGUUAAAGACAAGGAAACUCAUUUAUUAGCUUGGUAUAAACAGAGUUUAGGAAAUGUGCCACAGCCUGUAUUGAGACAGUUUGGAGACGGAGAGAAGCUCAGAUAUCAAUCAGGUUUUAAGGACGGCCGCUUCACUGUGGACGAAGAAACAUUUGAUCUCAGUAUUAAAGGAAUAAAACAAGAGGAUGCUGGAACAUAUUUCUGUGGAAAAGUAAACGCGAAUGCUGUAGAGUUUGGAUCUGGGACUCGCUUGUUUUUUCAAGCUGAGAAGAUCCACCAUCCUCCAACUGAAAUGGUGAUCAAGACUGGAGACUCUGUUACUCUCCAGUGUUCAGUAGAGUCUCUCACUCCAGACUGUUCAGGAGAUCACAGUGUGUACUGGUUCAGACAUGGAUCAGGAGAAUCUCAUCCAGGAAUCAUUUACACUCAUGGAAACAGGAGUGAUGAGUGUAAGAAAAGCUCUGAGACUGAUUCUCCUACACAGAGCUGUGUCUACAAACUCCCCCAGAGAAACCUCAGCCUCUCUGAUGCUGGAACUCACUACUGUGCUGUGUCUGCAUGUGGACAGAUACUGUUUGGGAAUCAAACUAAAGUUACUGUACAAGAAAAUAACGGUUGGAGCUUCAUCAUCUCAAUAACACUGAAUGUAAUAUUUGUCAUUGUGAUCGUGGCUCUGAUUGGAGUUCUACAUAAGAGUCGACUAAACGGUCUCUUCAAUGCUGUCCUGAGUUUUGCUAAGAGAGUGAAGGAAAGUCAAGACCUGUAUUCACAGGUGGAAUAUAGCUGAGGGGAAACGGUGCAGACAGCAUCACCACAAUGGAGUCAUCCUCAGAUUUAGCAGAACAUUUGUGUUCUAAUACAAUUUAGAUCAUGUUCAUCAAUCAAAGCUGAUAGUUAAAGAGAUCCACCUACAAAGAAAGAGCUGCUGUGGGUCACAGCUUCUUCAGUCAGGCACGGCUACAUGUAACCAAUGUAGUGUAAUUAAGACUCAUUUAAUCUGUGUACUGGAUCAUUUGUACAUCAACUGCAAAAU